CCUUCGCUCGACGUACCAAAGCAUCUACAUGUUCGGCGUCACGAUCGGGGCGCCGUUCAACGGGGUUCUGGCCGACAGGUACGGGCGCAAGAUGACCAUGGCCGUGGGUUUUGUCGCCUACUCCGCCCUGGCCAUCGGCUCCUGCUGGAUCCCCAACCUCUCGGCUCUCCUGCUCUCGCGCUUUCUCAUGGGCGCCGUCGACCCCACGAUACUGAAGACGGGAUAUAUACUAGGCAUGGAGGUCGCGGAUCCCAAGUGGCGCACGCAUAUCGGCAUUGCAUUGUUUCUGCCAUGGGCGCUUAGUCUCAUGGCGUGGGGCGGGUUCGCUUACCUCGUCCGGGAAUGGCGGAUGCUUCAGCUGACCGUGUCUUUGCUGUGUCUGGCCUUCUUGCCUACUCUGUGGUUCAUGGACGAGUCGCCUCGGUGGCUGGCCGUGAGGGGGCAGCACCGGCGCGCCCUCCGAGUGCUGCAGAGGGCCGCCAGGUGGAACGGGGUCGCCCUCCCCCCGAGGACGAGCUUCUGCUCCUGCUCAAGGACGGAGUCAAGGACGAGGCAAUGGUACGCCCGCACCAAGACGCCCGCGCCACACCGCGAGAGCUGGUUCAGAAGGCGUUUGGAUGAAGCAUUUAUUCUUUUCAGAACCCCCCGCCUUCGCACCAUCACCCUCAGCCUGUACACCAACUACCUACUGGUGGGUGCUGUGUACUUCGGCCUCUCGCUCAGCGGCGGCGACCUGAGCUCCGACCCGUUCCUGUACAUGGUGCUGACGGGGGUCGUGGAGCUGCCGGCCUACACGCUGGUCAUCCCCCUGGUGGCUCGCUACGGCAGGAGGGCUCCCGUUGUCGCCUUCUUCUUCAUGGGCGCCGUGGCUCUUCUCGCACUGCCCUUCGUGCCCACGGGUAGUGGGGAAUCGAUGACCUUAGCCCUUAUGGGAAGAUGA